GUUUCUUGCUUUGUAUUAUCAAAGAAUAAAUAUAAGACCUAUACCUCUCUUUCUUUAUCAUUUCCAACAGCUAUAUAUGCUAACGUCCCUUACCUUCAUUUUCUCAUCACUGAUCCAUCUAAGAUAGUAUAACUUCUCUUUCCAAAAUCAAUUUUAAUGGUGUCAUUUUGCGAUAGAAGGUUCGCAUUCCUGAUUAUCUUUCUCUUCGCUGCACAAUAUGAGCGUGUCUAUGCUGGUAGCUUUCACAAGGACGUUCAGAUACACUGGGGUGAUGGCCGUGGAAAGAUUCUCGACAAUGUCGGAAAUCUUCUUUCUCUCUCGCUCGAUAAAUUCUCUGGUUCCGGUUUUCAGUCCCAUCAAGAGUUUCUAUAUGGAAAAGUUGAGGUUCAAAUGAAACUUGUACCUGGUAACUCUGCUGGAACAGUGACAACAUUCUAUCUAAAAUCGCCUGGAACUACGUGGGAUGAGAUAGAUUUUGAGUUCUUGGGAAACAUAAGUGGUCAUCCAUAUACACUUCAUACUAAUGUUUACACAAAAGGCACAGGAGACAAAGAACAACAGUUUCAUCUAUGGUUUGACCCAACUGUACACUUUCACACUUAUUGUAUCAUAUGGAAUCCCCAAAGGGUCAUUUUUACAAUAGAUGGAAUUCCGAUAAGAGAAUUCAAGAACUCCGAAUCCGUUGGAGUUCCCUUCCCAAAGCAUCAACCAAUGAGACUCUAUGCGAGCCUUUGGGAAGCCGAGCAUUGGGCCACAAGAGGAGGAUUAGAGAAAACAGACUGGUCUAAAGCUCCUUUCACCGCUUUCUACAGAAACUACAAUGUGGAUGCAUGUGUAUGGGCUCAUGGAAAAUCAUCAUGCUCUGCGCAUUCCUCAUGGUUCACUCAAGUACUUGAUUUCAAAGGCAAGAAUAGAGUGAAAUGGGCACAGAGAAAGUACAUGGUCUACAACUAUUGCACUGAUAAGAAAAGAUUUCCUCAAGGUGCUCCUCCAGAGUGCAGUUAAAUCACUGAUUGUUUGAUUCACGAAUAAAUCAUGUGGCAUUGUUUUUGUAACCGAAAUGAUGUUUAUCUAUAUUUUGGCACUAGCUGAGUAUUCGCGCUAAACAAAUUACUUCUCUAUUAGUAAGUUUUUUUUUUUGGUUCUAUUAUUUUGUUUUUUUUUUGUAUUAUUUGUAUGUGUGAUUUGGCUUAGUUAUCUAAAUUACUUGUUUCCGUAACUUUUGUUA